UAUUGUAAGAUUGCUAGCCUUGGAUGACCAGGGAAGUCUAACAAGACUUGGAAGCUCCGACCAUCUUCUCUUCUCUUCUCUGAGAGAGAAAAAACAUCCAGAACCCAAAAUCUAGCUCUGCUAUCGCCUCACACCUCCCAAUUCCUUAGAUCCUUCCCAUUUCUCUCUCAAAACGAUGCCGUCUCGGAGAAGAACGCUCUUAAAGGUCAUCAUCCUCGGCGACAGCGGGGUGGGGAAGACUUCUUUGAUGAAUCAAUAUGUAAACAAGAAGUUUAGCAAUCAGUACAAGGCGACAAUCGGAGCUGAUUUUUUGACAAAAGAAGUGCAGUUUGAAGACAGGCUCUUCACCUUACAGAUCUGGGAUACAGCUGGCCAAGAACGAUUCCAAAGCCUUGGUGUAGCUUUUUACCGUGGUGCUGAUUGCUGUGUUCUUGUGUAUGAUGUGAAUUCAAUGAAGUCAUUUGAUAACCUUAACAACUGGAGGGAAGAAUUUCUCAUUCAGGCGAGUCCUUCAGAUCCAGAAAAUUUCCCAUUUGUCGUUAUUGGAAACAAGAUUGAUGUAGAUGGUGGAAAUAGUCGAGUGGUUUCAGAGAAAAAGGCUCGAGCUUGGUGUGCAUCAAAAGGAAAUAUUCCAUACUAUGAAACCUCUGCAAAGGAAGGCAUUAAUGUGGAAGAAGCUUUCCAGUGCAUAGCAAAGGACGCUCUGAAGAGUGGGGAAGAGGAAGAAAUAUACUUGCCGGAUACCAUUGAUGUUGGAAGCAGCAAUCAGCCAAGGUCAACCGGUUGCGAAUGCUAAAUAUAGUACCCGAAUUCUUUGCCAGUGAAAAAUAAGUCAUGUUUGGAAGUAUAUUUAUCAGUAUGUAUGCGGUGACACUGUACAUUAGUCUGUGUGGGAAACAAAUUGCUCCCCAUCAAUGCUUUUUCAGCUAGGUUGUAUGGCGCCCUUCUUCCCAAGUUGUGUUUGAUCCGACCAGGUUACGUUUGAUUUCAUCCCAUUGAUGUCCAGUUAUUGUUAGUACGGAUACGGUAUUACUUGUAUUUUCAGGAAAAUAAUGCAGUUUUCAUUAGUUGUAAUGA